UUGAAAGAGACGUGUCGGGUGGUCGCGUGUUUUUUACCUCGACAUUUUCUGUUAUAUUUUAACGGUUAAUACUACGUUAAAGAUGUUAUAUCCAACGUGUAAUUAUUAAUUAUAAUCAUCUUUCAUUAGUUGAAUAGAGAAAAUCAGAAACUUGGCUUAUUACCAUUGUUGAACUAACCAAAAAUUAGUCUGCCUUUUUAUAGUAAAGUGCGAAGGAGCUGAAUUCCUUUACAGCCGGUAUAACUGAUUGGAAACUACCCUUUUGUUGUAGUAAUAAUCAACGGUGUUUGUGUUGACAUUUCAUUUUGACUAAUUAUUGGAAAAACAUUUUUCAACUUUUAUCUUUUACCUUAAGGAUAGAAAGAGCUAGAUAUGUAACAGAUCACUCAUUCGAUGAGUUUGGCAAGUAGUUGAUAAGCUUGGACAAGGUUGAAGAAGAAUUUGUAUGCGACAUUGAACGAAAGUUGUUGAUUAAUUUGGUGUACAGGUGUAAUUUAAAAUGAAGGAGAUGAUGGAAAAUUUCUCGACAUUCAUAUUUUAAUAAAGCGACUGGUAGUUGAUGGUGGUGAAAAUGAAGUACAAAAAUAAGUGUCCCUGAGCCACGAGAGCUGCCGAUCAUAGAAUGCACAGCUGACCAACUACUACUUCUUCUAUUACCAUUACUAAAUAGUUACUGAGAGACAUCAAGACUCCUAGUGGUUGCCGUUAAUUCUUAUUCGGCAACUAAAUGAACUAAAAUAUUGUAGAGUAAGGAGAAAAAUAAAAAUUUCAAGUUAUUCGUAAUAAACAAAAAUUUAAUUAAAACAUGCCAACACGUGCCUUCACAUCAGGUUAGUCGUUUACUCGCUACUCGUCCGUAUUGUUUUUAAUAUGCUUAAUGUUUAUUUAAAUCUUGAUCAACGUUAUUACGACGUACUUAGCUUGUUAAUAAUUUUAGAGCUCUGUGCAACGAAGUUUAACGACAACCAAGUGGAGGAUAUUUAGAAAAAAAUAGAAAAAAAAUGACGAAACAAGUUAUUGUAAUGUUUAUUUACGACAUCAACAACUACAAUUAUUAUUAUGAUAAUAACAUUGAUUAUUACAACAAUGUCAACAGUCAUUUAGAAACUUUGAGCGGGUGUGAGUACAGCAAAAAAUCUUUAUGCAAUUGGAUCGAAUUAUUGUCAGUGUUAAAAAAGGAUAAUGAAGAUGAGAAAAAUUCCAAAAAUGCCUUCAGAGUUCAUCUAGGGACUCACAUGCAGAGUCUCAGCGACGACUGAAUGAUAAUAGUUGACAAUCACUCGGUGCAUUUAUCUCCUCUUCAGGAAUAAUAUCAAUCAAUAGCACGGAAAUACGCUAAUAAAAUGGCAGUUAGUUAGAUACUCGUAAUUCUGCCAUCAAAUAAAUGUAGUAAAGCAAUCAGCAGAUGAGCCAGAAAGCAGCAAAGAGUUGAUUAGUAUAAGAUCAAGUCGAGAAAAAAUAGAACAUAUAUAAUGAUAAAUAGAAUAACUGAACAUUCUUCAAGUCUCAGAAAAUCAUCAACAAAUUGAUUAUUAAAUAUUUGACGUAAAAUUGAAUUGAGCAAAAACUAAAGCUAACGAGACUGCAGACAUAUAUAAUUCAGUGUUAAAAUUUCACAGAAUCACACGAAUAGAUUUAUUAUAUAUUUAUUAUAUUUUCUCCAGUUCUUUAUUUUCUAUAUAUAAAUGUGCGGCUUUUUUCGUAUUUCUCUGAUACAAAAAGAGUAGGUUAAAGUCGUUUUAAAAUCUUGGCAACGAAACACCAAAAUUCCCCGUCACGCUUUUCGAAGUAGCCACUAGUGAGUUGGCUAUACUCUGAGAAGCAUUUACACGCCAAUACACGCAUUCACAUCGGCCUUUAGCUAAGCGUUGUCAUUAAAAGCUUGAUACUUAAAUUAUAUUCAUGUUAUUCGGUAGAUCGAUCUAUUGCGUAUCUUUUAUACACUGUUUAAAUAAAACAAGAACUUGAUGUCGAAAUAUUUAUAAGAAAGAGAAAAAAAUGGAAGAGAAAAGUGUAUUUAAACAACUGUGCGAUGUAAUUAUAUGCUCAAUUUGUGCUGUGCUUUUUUUACAAGAAAAAUUAUACAUUUAACUUCUUACAGUGCGAUUAAGUGUUUUUUAGUGCUAUAGCUGAAGUGUUAAUUAAGUCAUUGAUUUUUUUCUACAUCCAAUUGAUCUUCAUCAAGAAGGUUCCAUUGUUUCACAGUCCAGAGUACGUAGUAGUCCUUAUAAAAAGGACGCGAAUCAUUUGAGAUGCCUGUCAGACGGGGCCAUGUCGCACCGAGGACCACCAUCAUCGAAACCAUCAUUAGAAAAUUUGAUACUCAUGAUAGAAGUUUUUUGGUAGCAAACGCUCAACAAGGACUAUGUCACAUAAUAUACUGCUCAGAUGGAUUUUGCCGGCUUACAGGCUUUUCGAGGGCGGAAGUGAUGCAACGCCCAGCAGUUUGCGACUUUCUUCAUGGUCCAAUGACCUCACCUCAUGCAAUUGCUGCUUUGCGGGAUGCACUGCUUGCAGGUGUCGAGAAGCAUUUCGAAAUUCUUUACUACAGAAAAGAUGGCACCAAGUUUUUAUGCAGCGAGGUCAUUGCGCCAAUAAGAAGCGAGGUGGAUGAUAUCUGUUUGCAAAUUAUCAACUUUGAAGAUCUUAGCUCUCAACCGCCACCUCCCCCAGCUGUUCCUACGCCUAGUCCUGCCAAUAAUAGACUUGCUACACGAUUCGAUAGGGCCAGGGCAUCAUUCCGAGCUGGAUUGUCCAGGACUGGAAUGGUUGGUACUUCUAGAAUUAGAAGUCGACCUCGAGCAGCAUCAACAGUGCCUCAACACCGACAACAUGCUGAUGGGACCACAUUAGACGAGGAUGCUUCUGAAAAUUGUCCAUUAACAUGCGGCUCACCAACAAUGGUAGAAUCUUGGGGAUCUUCAAGAAUGGUUACUCCACCUCCACCAACUGGACCACCUCUUCCAUUGCCAAUUCCAGUCGGCAACAGUGUUCAAGGAUUACCACCUAGCAUGACAACGACGAAUAAUGGACGAGCAACUACUACAACUACUAUUGCUACUGCUCCAAUAGCUAGUCCAGAAGGUGUAAGCGAUGUUUCGCCAAAAUCCGGUAUUUGGGACGGUCAGAAUUCCUCACCCGGAAACGGAAAUGAGGGACCGUCGAGAAGCGUUUCCCACGCUGCUAGUUUGGAUGCCAUUUCUAGGCGAAUCAUUAAGUCAGACGUGUCUAGAAUACCUUGUAGGAGUCUUACGUGCAGUGUUCUACCGAGUCGAGGAUGCGAACGCGCACCAGAGCUCGAGCGGUGGCCAGCGACUGUUGAUAAUCUCAUGGAAGCAACUAAGCACUCUAAAGUAUUUCCCGGAGUAGCAUCAGAAAGUGAUUUGCAGAGAUGGCGAGCAUCAAAGGAAAGAAAAUCGCCGUCGCUGAGUCAAAUGGGUUCGGACUCCGUCAAACACAAAUUUUCGCUCCAGGACAACGGCUCAGCAAAAUAUUUUCAAGGAGUCAUGCAUACACCUAACAUGGGCGAGAAAGUAGCUCAGGUUCUAUCUUUGGGUGCAGAUGUUCUGCCGGAAUAUAAGUUGCAAUCACCUCGAAUCCACAAGUGGACAAUACUCCAUUACUCUCCUUUUAAGGCUGUCUGGGAUUGGAUUAUUCUACUGCUUGUCUUGUAUACAGCCAUAUUUACACCCUAUGUAGCUGCUUUCUUACUUAGUGAGCCUGAUUAUAACAACAGAAAAGCCAAAAAGUACAGCGAUGAUCCUAUCGUCAUCAUCGAUCUCAUUGUCGACGUUACAUUUGUUGUGGACAUCCUCAUAAAUUUCCGUACGACUUUUGUAAACACCAACGACGAAGUUGUCUCAGGACCAUGGAAGAUAGCCGUCCACUAUUUGAAGGGUUGGUUCAUCAUCGAUUUAGUAGCAGCCAUACCCUUUGAUCUUCUUUUGUAUGGAUAUAAUACAGAUGAGACGACGACCCUGAUGGGAUUGUUAAAGACUGCGCGUUUACUCCGCUUGGUAAGAGUAGCAAGAAAGAUAGAUCGUUAUAGUGAAUAUGGAGCAGCAGUAUUGCUACUUCUCAUGGCAACAUUUGCGCUGAUCGCUCACUGGUUGGCUUGCAUUUGGUAUGCUAUUGGUCAUGCUGAAAGACCCACCCUCAAGAGUAAGGUUGGAUGGUUGGAUGCUCUGGCGAAUGAUACACAUCAAUUUUAUUAUCACAAUAACACUGGGGGUCCCAGUAUUAAAAGUCGUUACAUUACAGCCUUGUAUUUCACAUUCAGCAGUCUCACAUCUGUAGGUUUCGGUAAUGUAGCUCCAAAUACAGAUACUGAAAAAAUUUUUACCAUCGUUGUGAUGUUGAUUGGAUCUUUGAUGUAUGCAAGCAUCUUCGGUAAUGUCUCGGCGAUCAUUCAACGAUUAUAUAGCGGCACAGCACGGUAUCAUACGCAGAUGCUGCGAGUUAGAGAGUUCAUACGAUUUCAUCAAAUUCCCAAUCCAUUACGUCAACGUUUAGAAGAAUAUUUCCAACACGCUUGGACAUACACCAAUGGCAUUGAUAUGAAUAGCGUAUUGAAAGGGUUUCCUGAAUGUCUUCAGGCUGACAUAUGUCUUCACCUCAACCGACAGCUUCUUAACAAUUGUAAAGCUUUUGAAAAGGCCAGCCCGGGAUGUCUCAGAGCUCUCUCUUUAAAAUUCAAAACAACUCACGCUCCACCUGGAGAUACUUUAGUACAUCGAGGCGAUGUUCUCACAUCUCUCUAUUUUAUAUCCCGGGGUAGUAUUGAAAUCCUGAAGAAUGAUAUUGUUAUGGCGAUAUUAAAUCCGCCAGAUAUAUUUGGAGAAAAUCCUUGUGAGCAUCCAACCGUUGGAAAGUCUUCCUGCAAUGUCCGAGCGUUAACUUACUGUGAUCUUCAUAAAAUUCAUCGUGAUGAUUUAUUAGAUGUGCUUGCUUUAUAUCCAGAAUUUCACCAACACUUCAUCGAAAAUUUGGAAAUCACGUUUAACAUGAGAGACGAAGAACAAGCCGGGGUUGAUCCAAUAUCAGCAAGGUUCCCAGUUAGUACUCCAACUGAUAUUGAUGGAGAUACAAGGAGGUUUGCGUUCCGUCCACCCCGCUAUAGAUAUGGGCCCGGUGUAAUAGGUGCUCCAAACACUCAUUUAGUUCCAACAGGUCGUCAAGAUUCUUUUCAAGAUGAUGGUGAUGAUUAUGAUAAAUCAAGUGGUCAUGGAAUAUUGGAGUUCAGUACCGAUAAAGCAGGCCAAGAUGUUACGCCACUUAAUCUAGAAUUUGAUGAGCCAAAGCAAAGAAGCUCAACAUUAAAUUCAAUCACUGGCAUGCUAACCCAUCUCAAGCGCAGUAUUCCGGAUCUACGACAGCACAAGAUUCAUCUUCAGCCGCUAACAAGUCACGACUAUCUUGCUAAACAAGCAACGACACAAUUGACCAGGCCCCCGCGUCGAAGUUCAGCAACUGGAGACAGUUCUGCUGCUAGUCACAGUAUCAUUCAACCAGUUUCAAAUGCCUCAAGUCAUUACACUACACCUUCACCUCCUCAACAACAGCAACAGCUUCAGCAACAUUCGCACGGUGAUUUUCAAAGUGGACCAGGUCGACCGCUAGAAGAAAUAAAUACAAGGAUAGAUGAACUAUCACGUCAAGUAACAUCGCUAGAAAGAACAAUGGCUGGAGAUAUCAGACUGAUCUUGGCGUUACUCCAGCAGUCUUUGGACUCAUCCAAAGACAGCUCCAGCACUGAGAAGAUGCCUGGCACUGCUCCAGCUGCGCCAAUUGCCUCUUCAAGGACAUCCAGAGCCCCAGCGUUGGCACAAAGGUCAGCCAGUGAGCCUCAGCCAUCAUCAAUGCUUGCUUCUUCAUCAACUAAUGGAAAUGGAGCAAAAAUUCAGUCCAGUGCAUCUCAUAGUCUCUUCCGACCACCAUCAACGAGAGAACCAACAUCCACGUCUUCAGCCACAUCACGACUCACCCUCACUUCGGACACAUCAGCAUUAGCCACUGCCUUGCAGAGUGCUCUCAAUGGAGCGGCUUCUGGUAGAUCAGCACCCACAAGAUCUCAGAGUCAGCCAGUUGAUCUCGCUGGACCACCAAGUGCUUCACAAUCUCAUCACCAUCAUCAUCAUCACCAUCAGUCUCAACUUUAUGGAUGGCACAGUCAACCAGCUGCAUUCAGACGUGGUGAAUUUAGGACUGGUUACAGUUCGUUUAAUAAACGUUCAGAGCCAGAAUCGGAUGAUCCUUGGAGUACUUGUGCAGUAUCGACAGCUGAAACCCGUGGAAGUGGAACCCUUCAACGUCCACGAAGUAGUGAUUUAAGGAAGGAUAUCAGUGGAUCUCAUCAAAAAGCAGAAAGCAGUAGCAGGCUUGCUCCACCAUCUCAAUCAUCGGAUGUGCAGCGACCUGAAACAUCGAGGCAAACAAGUGAAGAGAUGUCUUGGGAAUUUACGAUCAACGAAGCACCAAUCGCCAGGUUAGAGUCUCUUGAUGAGUUAGACCAAGAUCAUGGAAGUUAAAUCUAAAGUGCAAAAGGAUAGGCGAUGGUACGCCUUUAUUAUUAUUCCAUGUGCGACUACAAGAAGAAGCAUAUCAUGUGCAUUAUACAAUUCUAGCAGUAUGGGCAUACAACGGUGUAUAAAUUGUUAUAUGUCGCAAAUAUAUAUUGGCUGUGCUUUUAAUUAAAUAUUUUGCAUCUUCGAUAACAAAAAAAGCUCCAUAAUAAGCUUUUGAAUCAACAACUACGUCCACAUUUGUUUUUUAUUUAUCAAAAAGAAAAGAUUUAAAAAAUACAGUUGCUGCCGCCUCGUGGCAUAAAAUGCCUGUGAAUCGAGCAUUUUUGAAAUGCUGAGGAAAAUACGUGGGGAUUUACAUUGAAUUUAAUGAUAAUGAGCGCUUGGAUAUAUUUAUUUCACCUCAACGUUGAGGUAAUUUAAGUAGACUAUUACGAGGAAAAAAUAUUUUUCAUCGUUUCUUCGAGUCAUUAUUUAUUUUUAUUUUUUUAGAUUGUAAGUAAUUAAUUAUUUAUUCCAGUAAAAUAAAACGGAAAAAAAAUAAUUUUAAUAAUAAUUGGAAUAAAUUGCAGGUGGAGAACAAAAUGAUAAAAUAUAAAUAUACAAAAAGCUCGGAAAAUUUUUUUUCGAAUUUUCAUUAAGAAAAGCGAUUCAAUUUAAUAAAUAUCUUAAAGUAUUGUGCGUAAAUAUACAAACGAUCUUAUACAUGAUUAUAAAAUAAAAGUAAACGCGUUAUUAUUACAUUUUAUACGAUAUAUACGGCGUAAAAACAUAAGGAAAUAUUUUCACGCAUAAAAAUCUCUUUUUGUCUCCACUGUUGUUCUAUUUCUUGUUCUUGGCACUUUUAUUUUACUUUAUUCUCUUAUAAACUAUUAUCAAUAUUAUAAUCAUUAUUACUAUCAUCUUGGGUAAUAAUAAAAUCAAAUAGAACCAUCAAAUGCGUAAUGACAGUAAUGAAAAAUGAAAGAUUUCAGUGAUAAUUAAUAAUGAUAAUAUUAUUGGUAAUAUUAUUGAUAAUGAUAAUAAUAGAAGUAAUAAUUAACGAACGCAUUUUUACAUCAAAAACGAGCCAAAAGUGUUAAUUUUUAAAAUGAAAUGAAAUUAUAAUGUCUUUAUUACUAAGAAAAAUGAUUAUACUGCAGUUUUAAUCAUUAAACUAGCAAAUGGAAGUAAUAAAUUUUAUGAUUACAUUGUAUUUGAUGCAUAGUUACUGCUGUAGACUUGAAUGUACAACAAAAGUGUUGUACAUUAUAGAUAGACUUUACGUGAACAAGUGUAAAAAAUCUUCAAUAAACUAAAUUACGUUAUCAGUAAGCAAGAAAUAAUUAAACGAUUAAAGGAAAGAAAAGAUUUUCGCACUUGAUGCACGUAAGUUUUUUUAAAAAUUAAUGAAAAAUACUUAGAAAUUCUUUUCAUAAUCACUUUGUCUCGAUACACAGAAUAAUAUAUUAUAUAGCGAAUUAAAUGAAUUCUACUCUUUCCCGUUUAAUUGUUGAGAUAGAACAUUAAACUUCACGAUUGAUCCAACAUUUAUGUUGAUAUUUCUCAGUUAAUAGAUAAUUUAAAAAAUGACUUUCAUUGCUUAAUAUUCAUUACAUACAAUUAAGAAAUGCGGAGAAAUAACAUAAAUUAUCUCGUUGAAAGUAAAAAAAAAAAAAAAAUGAAAGAAAGACAAAGUUCAGAAAUUGCCAAGUAACAACAAAAGAAUGCAACAAAAAAGUUAAAAAAAUAAAAAAAAAUGUCCAGAGCUCGACUGAUUUAUUGUCGUUGCUUUUGCUGAGGCUGUGUUACGAGAUUUCACUGCAACUGCUCUAUUACUGUAAAAUAUACUUAUAAAUCUGAGAGAUUUAAUUGAAAGACUAUGAAUAAAUUUUCCUUCAAGGUAUAGAAGUUAAAUAAAAAUUAGAUUCAGUAGCAGUGGACUUUCGUUUCGUUGUAUAAAAAACGAAAUAAUUAAAUUUAAUAUAAGUAAUAAGGAAGACCAUUAAAUAAAAUGAGAAUGGAAAAAGAAAAAAAAAUCGCAAAAAAUAAAUAAACGAAUUAUUUAAAUUCAUUUAGUUGAAAGAUAUUACCUGCAUCACUUCAUUAAUAUGGUCGAGAUUUGAAUUGUAUAAAUCCAGUCGCCAUAACAACAUUAAGUUACUCUUCUCUGAGUAAACCGACUGUGUAUGUAAUUAAAUUAUAUACAUAUGUAUAUUAUGUACUAUAUAUUAAUUGGGACGUGUACAGAAGAGUAUGUAUAUACAUAUUAUACAUAUGGAUGUAUGAUACUGGAUUGUAUUAUUACACAAAGAACGCACUGAUUUGUAUCACACUUAAAUUAAAGGAAAAUUAUUAUUAUUAAUGGUCGAUAA